AUGAAUGAUAGUUUGAUUGCAGUUAAAACGAUCAAUCCAACAUGGAACGAAAAACGUCAUAUAUUUCUAAUAAUUUUAAUAGUUUUUGGAAUGAUUUCAAAUAUUAUUCUCAUAGUUAUUGUAUCUCUAACAAAGAGUUUAAUUAAAAACGGUUUCAGACGUUCAUCACGAAAAUAUGGUGAAUUAAUAAGAUCAAGUGAUAAAUCUCUUCCAACAAAACAUAUACUUCAAUCUAUAAUAUUAUCAAAAUGUUGUACAAUUUCGAGCGAUGAAAAAGAGUUCAUCAUUCAAUCCAAGUCGACACAUUCCUGUUGUGAAUUUGAAAUGAAUUGGGGUUGUUGUUAUUACAAGACUCAAUGUCAUAGUCAUUGUUUCUCAACUUCAUCUACAGUCACUCCAGUACCAACUACUAUAGAGUUGAAUAUUUUAUCAAGUCAUCGAAAUAGUAGUUAUGCUGAUGAUUCUGUAACAGAAAUUCCAGAAAAAUCAGAAAAUCUAUCUACUAAUUCAAAAACAAAUUUAGAUAAAUACAAUUUAAAUCAACCAUGUGAAAUAAAUAAACCAUUUUUUCUAAAUACAAAUCAACACUUAACAAACUAUGAACAAUAUUCCAAUUCUAAUAUGAAUAAAUCAGAUUUAAGUGAUAUGAAAUUAAAUCAAGAAUUAACACUACCUAGUACAUCAAUCCAUUAUCAUCAUAGAUCUUUAUCUUCAUUUCCUAAUGAACAAACUAUUCCAGAUCUUGAACAAACUACAUGGUUUAUUUUAUGUUUUUUAAUAGAAAUUUUAGCAUUUGCACAAAUUGGUUAUUUACUAUUUGAAGAUCUGUUACCAUGGUUAUCAAAUUUAUUAAUAUUUUAUUAUAAUUUUAAUAUUAAAUUAAAAUUAAAUAUUAAUUGUCGUUUAAAACGUAUGUUUGGUACAUUUUUUUUAUUAUUUGAAGAAUGGUGUCUAUUUCUAUUUGGUAUUGAACGUGUUUAUAAUAUUUAUUUAUUAAAUCACUAUGGAUUCAAUAAAAAUACACAAUCAAUAAUGAAUGAACGUAAUCGAUAUAAAUUACAUUUAUUAAGUAUAAAAAUUUGUACAGGUUUAUUUAUUGCAAUUAUAUUCUCUGCAUUAUGUAAUUAUUUAUGGGUAUUUGGACAAUUUCAUUGGAUUAAUUCAAUUAAUUUAAUGAAUCAAACAUAUAAUAUCACAUUGAUAGAAACGGUUACAUGUAAUGUAAGAUCAGAAUAUUUUAAAUUUUAUUAUUCAUUUCUUAUUUAUUUAGAUCCAUUAUUUUCAUUUAUUAUACCACAUUUAUGUUCAUUAUUAUUUAUUAUGAUUAUUCUAUUACAUUAUUGUCUUCAAUUUAUUUAUCGACGAGUUCAAAGAAAUUCUACAAUACAAACAACUAAAAUAUUAAUAGAAGAUGAUUAUUUCAAUAGAUUAUCAUCUUAUAGAAACUUUAAUACUUUCUAUAUAAUGAUUGAUCAUUUGACAACAAUCAUAUAUCUUUUUGAUAGUAUUAUUAUUGUGAUAUUAAAAUUAUGGCGUAAUAUUGAAAAAUCAGUAAUGGUAUAUUUUCAUAUUACAUUCAAUAUGAAUUAUUAUAUGAUUAGAAAUGAAUUGUAUCAUUUAGAAUUAUGUUUAAUACCUAUAAUAACAAUAAUAAUCUAUUUAAUAUUUCAUUAUAAAAUUACAAAAUAUUGUAAAUAA